GAUCGAGAUCUCUUAGGACAUGCCCCCGUACGCACUCGUCACCUCAACGACGUAUUGAGCCGUCGACAGACACUCGACUAUUUCACCACCCCGGCUCCCUCCCGUCCCUCAAAUGUAUCUGACAGAUAUGGCACGUUCUACGAAGCUACCCUGAUGCCGAGCCCAAUGUUCGAAUCAGGCCCUCCGCGAAGAACAUCGAUGAUGGAGGAUACCCAACGGUUCAGUACACAUAACACAGCCCGUCCUGGAAGCUCCAGUCCCACCACAAGACUGAGCGCCCGCAAACAACGAAACGUCCAUGUCUCUCAGAGCCAAAUGCCCCAGGGCCCAGACUCUUCUCCGUCGUUCCAGUCUUCUUCAAACGCCCAGGCAGGUCCCCAGCCUUUGACUCCGUUCGUGCACGGCAUACCUCUAUUCAGCCUGCGCCAGGUCUUGCCAGACAAGUUUCGCGCCAUCUUUCCCUACGAGCUUCUCAACGCCGUCCAGUCGAAAUGCUUCGACGUUGUCUAUCGCACCAACGACAACGUGGUUGUUGCUGCCCCGACUGGCAGCGGCAAGACAGCCAUCCUCGAGCUCGCCAUUUGCAAGCUAGCCUUCGAUCGAGGAAACGAGAACUUCAAGAUCGUCUACCAGGCCCCAACAAAAGCUCUUUGCUCCGAGAGGGCCCGUGACUGGGACAAGAAGUUCAGCCACAUGAACCUCAGGUGCGCGGAGUUGACCGGCGAUACUUCGCAAGCCGAGAUGAGACGUGUUGGCGAUGCUUCCAUCAUUGUCACCACCCCUGAGAAGUGGGACUCGAUCACCCGGAAGUGGCAAGACCAUCGAAAGCUUUUGCAAAUGGUUGAGCUGUUCCUUCUUGACGAGGUCCACAUUCUGAAGGAUGUCCGUGGUGCCACCCUCGAGGCCGUCGUGUCCAGGAUGAAGACGAUUGGGGCCAAUGUUCGGUUCAUCGCGCUGAGCGCAACCGUGCCCAACUCAGAAGACAUUGCCCGGUGGCUGGGCCGAAACCACACGAACCAGCAGUUGCCUGCUCUCCGUGAGGUCUUUGGCGAGGAGUUUCGGCCUGUGAAGCUCCAAAAGUUCGUCUACGGUUUUGAGAGCAAUGGCAAUGACUUCAUCUUCGACAAGUUCCUUGAUCAGAAGCUUCCCGGGCUGAUUGCCAGGCAUGCUCAACGGAAACCGAUACUCGUGUUCUGUUUCACUCGCAAAUCCUGCGAAAGCACCGCGGCAAUGCUGGCCGACUUCGUUUCCGGCAGGCCAGACGGCGACAGACUGUGGCCCGUUCCAUCUCAGCGCGUCCCCGUGAUCAGCAGAGAGCUACAGGAAAUUGUCAAAUUCGGUGUCGCCUUUCACCAUGCCGGCCUCGAUGCGCAAGACCGGGCUGCCGUGGAACAGAACUUCUUGAAGGGGCAGCUGGGUGUCAUUUGCUGCACCUCGACGUUGGCUGUGGGCAUCAAUUUGCCUUGUCACACCGUCGUUCUCAAAGGAACUGUGGGUUUCACAGACGACAAGCUGGAGGAAUACUCCGAUCUUGAGGUCAUGCAGAUGCUCGGGCGUGCAGGCCGGCCACAGUUCGACGACAGCGCAACCGCCAUUAUUCUCACCCGCGCCGCCAACAAGCAACGGUAUCAGAAGAUGGUUUCCGGCCAAGAAAUCUUGGAGAGCACGCUGCAUCUGAAUUUGAUCGAGCAUCUCAACUCGGAGAUAUGCCUAGGCACCAUUCACAAUCUCUCCUCCGCCAAGGCCUGGCUUGCUGGCACUUUUCUCAGUGUCAGGUUGAGGCGCAAUCCAGGCUACUAUCAGCUCACCGACGGAACAACGAAUCCUUUGCAGAUCGAUGACAGACUCGAGGAAAUCUGCGAGCGCGAUAUCAAACAGCUUCAGGAAGCGGAGCUGGUCACGGACCAAGACACGUUCCGCUGCACCGAAUAUGGUCGCGCAAUGUCCAAGUACAUGGUCCAGUUCGACACGAUGAAGCUGCUUCUGAAGAUCCCGCGUGGUGUAGGAAUGGAGGUUCUGAUCACAAUUCUCUCGCAGGCAUCCGAGUUUAAGGAGUUUCGUUUCAAACCAGCCGAACGCCAGCUCUUCCGAGAAAUCAACCGCUCGCCCUUCAUCAUGUACCCGAUCAAGGAGCAGGUGAAUCAAACGCAUCAUAAGGUCUCGCUUCUCGUCCAGUCUCAUCUCGGAUGUGUGCAAUACCCCGACUCGGGCGAUGGGGCUAAAAUCAGACGUCAACUCAUGCUUGAGAGGAAGCUGGUCUUCGAGAGAUUGAAUCGACUGGUUCGCGCUGUCAUUGACUGCAAAGGCUACGAUCGUGAUUCGGUCGGGACCAAAACCGCACUCGAGCUUGCGAGGGCGCUCGCGGCCGAGGCUUGGGAAGGACGCGCCACUCAACUCACCCAGGUCCCGAACAUUGGUCCUGUAGGAAUGAGAAAGCUCGCAAGCAAAGACAUCCGUACGGUCCUUCAAUUGGCGGACAAGGAAUAUGACGAGAUUGAGCGUCUGAUGUCACGACAGCCUCCCUUCGGGAAGAACCUGAAGUCUCAUCUGGACAGAUUUCCCAGGCUCUCCGUCGAAGCCACGGUCGUCGGCCAUCGGGUCCAGCCGGGAUCGGAAGAACCAGUCGUCCUCGAGAUUAAAGCAACACUCCGCUAUCUAAACCGCAUGGGCCCCCCGAAUUGGCUGAGUCGCGUCCCGACGCUGACCUUCCUUACCGAGACCAACACAGGAACGCUGGUGUACUUCUGGCGAGGAAGCAUGAGAAAGUUGGACAACCAGUCUGGGUUUGAUCUCAGAUUCUCGGUCGGCCUGCGCAAUGUCAAGGAGCAAGUCAUCUGUCACCUUAGCUGCGAGGAGAUAGUGGGAACUAUUGUCACAAAGACGCUCGAGCACAAGGUGCCAGCUUCUGCUUUUCUGUCACGGCCAGCUGAGCCACGGAUGAGCCAGCCACGACAAGUGCCCAGCCAUGAGUAUUUCGACAACGACGACAUUGACGACUCGGACCUCAUCCUGGCGGCCGAGCGAGCAGCGAACCAGCCCUCGAUGAAGCUGCAUCAACAUACCACCGCUGAACAAGACACCGACGAAUACCCAUUCGUCGAGGAGCUGAUCGAGCUCGAUGGCACGCAGAACGAAGCUGCAGACAGGUUUGCCGACUACCACAGGGGUGGUGACGAAGAGGACACGGAAGCAACAAACCGUGGACCCCUCCGGCUACCAAACGGUAAAUGGCAGUGCAAUCAUUCGUGCAGUGGUGGGGCUCCCACGAAAUCAGGCAAGCCAUGCAGUCACCGAUGCUGCAAGGAAGGACUAGACAAGCCACCCAGACGUCCAGCGCAGAGGACAAAGAGAAAGUGUGAGGAAGCCACCGUUGAUACGAACGCAGUCCCGCCCAAGGCCCAAAAGCUGCAGGGCGUCGCAUCGUUAACCCAAUCCACCUCGGACCGGCCUGGGAAGGGCUCAAUAAUGACUUCGCUCGACCGGCAGAAGGCGGUGGAUUUCGACACCAUGGACUUGGAGUGUAUCGACCUCUCGUUUACCGAUGACGAAAUUGACGACAUUUUCAAAUCCGUGGGAGCUGGCUCCCCUGGGAAGCGAGCGGGCCAUGUUCCCGCCCAAACAUCUCCCGUACGCUCUGCCGGCCGGGGUACACUUCCUGAUCAGGCAUCUGUUGUCUCAAACAAAGGAAUCAUUGCCAAAUCAAAACUGGCCCGAACAAGUGCAGAACCAACCUCAGCCGAGAAGUUCAACCGCCAAGAUGAGUGUAUUGGGCACGAUCGUCUCCUGAUCGACGAAACGCUUUUCGGCGUCACACCAAGCAGCACAGCCGGCCGUUUCAAGUCGGGUGCGAGCGAUGAAGUGCUUUACCAGGGGGUACCCGGGGAGUUUGUCAGAACAGGCACCAACAGCUCUCCCAGUGCGAACGUUCAAGGAAACACCUCACUCGCGUCAUCACGGAUGCCGAAGCCUGACAACCCCAGCUCGUCCCUUUUCCUCGACGACAUGCCCGGGAUGAGCCCGGACAAUUCGCCGGGCGGGUCGGCGAUGGCUGAGCCUGUUGUGUCGGCCGGAGCCAGCGCGAAAGUGGAGGGAAGGAGUGAACCAAGGGCAGUGGGUAAGGAGGUUCAAGGUGCUGCUGCGAAGCACAGCGGGGAGCCGGCGUGGGUUGCUGAGUUUGAUCCGGAAUUUGUUGAUAUGCUUAGGGGAUAUGUGACAUUUGUAUGAGGUGGAUGAUGGGGUAGAUGAUUGCUGGGCCUUGCUGGUUUGAAGGUGUGAGAAGCUUGAGUUUUGUGGUGGAGAGAUGUCGUUAUUGUUGUUGCUGAUGGAAUGCGAUGUUUGCCAUGUUGCUAGGGGGGCGGUGUGGCGUUUCUUUGUCCAGAAAUGGAGGACUUGAGCUUGUGAUGUAGCUUGUGAUGUACUGAACCUAAACUUGUUUGAUCAUGGUUUGUUG